AUGGUCAGGUUGCGCGAGAUCUCGCGUACUGCCGCCUUCGCCUGGUCGCCUGGCACUACGAAGCCAUUAAUAGUUACUGGAACCCGAGCUGGAGCUGUUGACGCCGACUUCUCCGAUGAGACGCAGUUGGAGUUGUGGGAUUUGAGCCUUGACAACCAAGAACAAGGACUUGAGCUUCAACCUAUUGCAAGCAUCGCUGCUGACUCAAGGUUCUACGAUAUUGCUUGGGGCCAACCUUCCGAAGACUACCCGCAGGGCAUUAUCGCCGGUGCUCUCGAAAACGGUUCGCUCGAUCUCUGGGAUGCCGCAAAACUCAUCGCAGGCGAAUCCGACGCGUUAAUAUCACGAACAACGAAGCAUACAGGACCUAUUAAGUCGUUACAAUUCAACCCGUUGAGACCUCAGAUUCUAGCCACUGCCGGCGCGAAGGGAGAGCUAUUCAUUUAUGACGUCUACGACCCCGAAAAUGCUUUCCGCUUGGGCACUGCUGCUGCUCGUUCAGACGAUUUAGAAUGUGUAGCAUGGAACACAAAAGUAGCCCAUAUUCUUGCUACGGGAGGAACUGGUGGUUUCGUUACUGUUUGGGAUUUAAAGACGAAGAAAGCCUCUUUAACACUUAACAAUAACCGAAAGCCCGUUAGUGCCAUUGCUUGGGAUCCAAACAACUCUACCAAGUUAUUGACCGCUACUCCCGAUGAUACUACUCCCGUCAUCUUGCUCUGGGAUCUGCGAAACUCCAAUGCACCGGAGAGGACACUCCAAGGUCACGAGCAAGGUGUUCUUUCGGUGUCUUGGUGCGAGCAUGAUGGCGAUAUUUUGAUUUCGUCCGGCAAGGAUAACAGGACGUUAGUUUGGAACCCUCAAACAGGCGAGCGCUACGGAGAAUUCCCUGAAGUUACCAACUGGACGUUCCUUACUCGAUUCCAUCCUCACAACCCUAGUAUCUCAGCGACCGCGUCCUUUGAUGGAAAAAUUACUAUUCAGACGCUCCAAAACACAAACCCCUCGGCUGUACAGAACACAACCCAAAAUAGCCUAGAUGGCGAAGACUUUUUCACUCAGGCCCAGAGGCAACCUCAAGGCGCAGCUUUCUCCUUAGGGAAGGCUCCAAGGUGGCUCGAGAGGCCGGUUGGAGUUUCGUUUGGAUUUGGUGGAAAACUCGUUAUCUUCAAGCAAAACCCUCAUCAGCCUGGCCACAAGCGCUCUUCCAAGAUUGAAAUUUCUCAGUUUUCUGUGGAUUCGGACAUUGGCAGCGCGACUGAGAAAUUUGAGGAGUCGCUCAAAUCCGGUGAUGUUACGGCCAUAUGCGAAUCGCACAUAGAGCAAGCCCAGACAGAAGAAGAGAAAGCUGACUGGCGUGUCUUGGAAACCCUGCUCACCGAAAAUCCGCGAAAACAAAUUGUCGAAUAUCUGGGAUUUAGUGAGGAAGAAGCAAACGACGAAUCAACUAAUGGUGUAACCGAAGAAGCUUCUGAGACCAAGGAACCUGAGCCAGAGAAAUCUAGCCUAGGAGUAAAGACCCACAAGAAACGCAUUUCAACUUUCUUCUCCGAUGGAGGCGAAGGCGAAAGUGAGGACUUCCUAGCCAGUCUGUCGGCCACAAAGGGCGCUAAAACGGAUAACCCUUUCCAUCUAUUUGGCGAAGGUGAUACAGGUGUUGAGAAGCAGAUUACAAAGGCCUUAAUGUUGGGUCAGUUUGAGAAAGCAAGUGAAAUCUCCCUGAAGGAUGGUCGCAUUGCGGAUGCCUUCAUUAUCGCCAACUGUGGUGGAAAGGAGCUCGUCGACAAGGUCCAAUCCACUUAUUUAUCCCAAAAGACAGGCAUCCCAAGCUACUUACGGCUUUUGGGUUCUGUUAUUGUCAAGAAUCUAUGGGAUGUUGUGUAUAAUGCCGAUCUAGCAGACUGGAAGGAGACUAUGGUGACGCUCUGCACGUAUGCGGACCCAACCGAGUUCCCUGAUCUGUGUGAAGCCUUGGGAGACCGUAUCCUUGAAUCUGGAUCCAGGAAGGAUGCCUCCUUCUGUUAUCUAGUUGGCUCCAAGCUCGAGAAGGUCAUCGACAUCUGGGUUGCCGAGCUGGAGGAAGCCGAGAAGGCUGGAUUAGCCGAGGCUACCGAUUCCACUUUCUCCAUCCACGCAAGGUCUCUCCAGCAGUUCAUUGAGAAGGUUACGGUUUUCCGCCACGUAGCAAAAUUCCAAGAUACUGAGACGGGCCUAACUUCAGGCUGGAAGUUAUCUUCGCUUUACGACAAAUACAUUGAAUAUGCGAACAUUGUCGCUGCCCACGGCCAAUUACAGAUCGCACACAAGUACCUAAGCCUCCUACCAUCGAAGUACGACGCUGCCGAUAUGGCGCGCGAGCGUGUGCAAUUAGCAACGCAAAAGGUAGCUCACCAGCCUGCUGUCAGACAGCCAGUUCAGAGGCCCGCGGCGACCUCCCGUGUACCUUCUCGAGCACCAUCCGUAGCUGCAGGAUAUCAACCACCUCAACCAGCUGUCGGCAUUAAUCCUGUGAACCCUUACGCGCCCCCGGCUGUCCAGACUUCCGCAGCGAAUCCCUAUGCGCCGCCGAUUGCUAGUAACCCCUACGCUCCGCAAGGAUACCAACCAUCGCAGCCGCAACCCGUUCAAUUAUCUCAACAUCAAGGCUAUGGUCCUCCACCAACCUCUUUCGGAGCCCCCCCGAGAGCAUCAACCCCAUCCACCAAACCUCCUCCAAGGGCUUCGGAUGCAGGAAACUGGAAUGAUGUACCCAUAGUGACGAAAGCGCCUCCCCGAAGAAAUACGCCGAGCGCUGCCGCUAUCACAUCACCAUUUUCUAACCAAGUAAACCAGGGAAUACCUCCACCACCGCAGAGUCCCUACGGUUCUCAGCACGGAACAGGGACACCGCCACCUCCCCCUCCUAAAGGUCCAGCGGCUGGGAGGAUAAUGUCUCCCCUUGGUGGCCCUCCCCAAGCUGGUCAAUUGCCGCCUCCUCCUCGACCCGGAUCAACUGCGGCACAAAACUAUGCUCCACCUCCCCCUGCCCAGACACAAGGAGGUCCUGGUAUGCCUCCACCCCCAAUGGGCCACGUUGUCCCCAGAAUGUCUUCGCCUUAUAACCCGCCACCAGCGGGAGCCGCGCCUACAAGCCGAUACGCCCCAGCACCGGCGCCUCAAUCGUUCGGUACUCCUUCCCAGCAGGCUCCCCCGCCUCAUGCCGGCCGAGCGCCGCCGCCAAACCCUUAUGCGCCACCUCCCCAGGCAGCGCCCUCUCAUAAUCAAUACGGUCAAACCCCGUAUGGUGCUCCGCCGGUACAGCAAGGGCCACCUUCUACCGGCCCUCCAUCGAGCAUCGGUGGUCCCCCACCGGCAACAACUUCGCCUGCGCCCCCUCCACCGCGAGCCGCGGCACCAUCAAAGCCCCGACACCCUGCGGGUGAUCGCUCUCACAUUCCUCCUAACGCCCAACAGCUGGUUGAUAUCCUGAAUCGCGACAUGCAACGAGUAGCUUCCAAGGCACCAGCCUCAUUUGCUCCUCAGGUGAAAGAUACGCAGAAACGGUUAGGUCUACUAUUUGAUCAUCUCAACAAUGAGGAACUCGUGAAGCCAGACACUAUCGAGCAAUUAACCCAGCUGGCUCAUUCGUUGGAGUCUAAGGACUACCCGGAGGCUCAGCGCUUGCAGGUAGAAAUCCAACGAGACAAGACGGAGGAAUGCGGUAACUGGAUGGUUGGAGUUAAACGGUUAGUCCAGAUGAGCAAAGUUACGGCCUAG